ACAGGAAAACCACCGGUAUUGUGCGGAUUUUUGCUUAGUUACAUAUUUUAUGAUUUAUUUUUGAGAAGUGUUGUAAUUAGUACACAACUAUUUAAAAAUGAAUGGCAUUGUAAGGUCAGCUCACAGAGUCAUACAAAGUUGCGUGAAGACUACAAGUUUAUCGGGUGCCCUGGUCACUCGUACUCAGGCUCCCGUGAAGCGUGAUUUUACUAGAGGAAUAUGGCAUAUGAGUUGUUCCAACAGACUAGAUGCCGUCGAAUCUGCAUCAAAGCUUCUACACAACAAUUCCAACACAUGCAGUUGUGGUUGCAGCCUCAAAGCAUUGCACACGAAAGGGCCAGAUGUAGAGACAGAGCCUGGAAAAAUUAAACCCCUUGGUGAACGUGAGCUGGUUGAGUUCCUGACGGAAGAGAUAGUAGCAGAACGCAAAGCGCAAAAGGUGAAGGCUCUACCAACUGAAGUGGAUGGGUUCAUAGUCAAGGGUGAGGGUGCUGAAGUCGAGCUUUCAAAACAGCUCAAGGAUGAAAUUGUAAGAGUAACAUUCAACGUGAACCACACUGUUGACUCUGACGAGUUCGAGGCCGACGCGCAACCUGACAAGCAGGAGUUUGCUGAAAUGCGAUCCAAGCCCCAGUUCGAAGUGGACCUCGUGAGAGGAGACAUGACUCUUGGAUUCACCUGUUCUUUUCUACAGGAACCAUCAACUACCUCCACUGACGAAUACAAUGACAUAUUUGGUAUCGACGAAGUGACGUUGUACAAAGGCGAAUGGAACGAUAAGGUGUACGCCGUUGCUGGUGACGUGCUUGACGGGUACCUCUACGAUCUUCUUAUGAAUCUGCUGGAAGAGAAGGGCAUUAGCAACGAAUUCGUCCAGAAGCUCUCCGACUUCAGCACAGCAUACGAGCACGCAGCCUACAUCGCUCUGCUAGACGGCAUUUCGAAAUUUACAAUUGGCAAACAAUAAAUGUUACUUGUAUCUUUGUUAGUAUGAAAAAAGAGAAACUUUCCUUAUAUAACACAGUAGUAUGAGAAGUCACAGAAUAUUUCCUUGCUGAAAUGGAUAAUUAACUUUACAAACAAUAGACAAAUGAUAGUAUGACCAAGGGUAAAGGUCUGUUUCUUGUAAAAUGACAAACUGUCGCAUAUAAUUAUAAUAUACCAUUAUAAUUUCAAAAGAACGAUUUUAUGUAUAACGUUCCUUUAAAAAAAAUCAUUUUUAAU